GCAGGCAACUUUCUUGCGAUAGCCUUCCGCUGGGUGACCUAGUGCUCGUAUUUAUCCUUCACUUUGAAGAUUACGCUUUCCGAAAAUCGGAAGCAGGUGAUUUUCGUGCUCGAGAAUUGACAAAAGAUCAAACUCGUCUUUCCCCGCUUAUCGGCAAACACCUCCAGAUCUGAAAGGCGUUUGAAAUCGGACACCGCUGGCGUUGAGGCCCUGACUUUUUUUUUUUUUUUUUUUUUUUUUUUUUUUUGCGCGGACGGAUACGUUGUUACGUCUGACAAUGUGGACGGAGGUGGUGAAGAUGUCUACGAGAAGAAUGAAAUCAUCUCUGUAGUAACAAGCGAGAAAGGAAGACGCGAGAUUAGUUACUAUAACAGAAUUGUUCGCGCGUCGUCUUGUUACAUUGUGGCGCACACGUGGGCGCUGCGUGGAGAAAAGGCAGACUUCCCGGGGACAAAAGAAAGACAUCCACUGGGCUCCAAUGCGUUUCGUGCACUGAGGUCGAAAUUCUCUUGAAGUUUUAUGUUUUUCCCCCCUUCGAGUCUCCGCUUUUCUUUUUAUACUGUUGGAUAUCAGCCGCACGGAGAGGAGAGGGUUUGUUAGAGACUGAAGGGUAUGAGCGAGCAGCAGCAAAGAAUGGCUGCAGUGGAAACUGACAAGGAACUCAGCGACCUCCUGGAUUUCAGCGCGAUGUUUGCGCCUCCAGUAGCCAAUGGGAAGAACAGGACAAUGACAUUGGCCAGCACUCAUUUUGCUGGCUCAGCAAUAGACGAGCGCAGUGGCUCUGGGUCUUGGGGCUCCACAGAACAGAACAGUCCCUCGUUCACCCAAGGACGGAACUUUGGAGAUGGAUCCCACUUCAGUGAACAUGAAAGCUUGCCCUCUCAGUUCAGUUCAGGGAUUGCAGGUAAAAACGAGAGGCCACCGUACACUCCCUUUGGCCAGCCUGGUUUAUUUCCAAGUGACAUAGCCAUGCCCAGCCCAGAUGCGUUGUCUCCCUCUGGCAUAAAGUCAGGCUCUCAGUUUUAUCCGUCAUAUCCCGCCAACCCCAGGAGAAGGCCGCCUGAAGGAAGCUUAGAGACCCAGCCAAAGAAGAUUCGGAAACCCCCGGGCCUGCCGUCCUCGGUAUAUGCCCCUACAUCUGGAGAGGAGUUUGCCAGGGACAACGGAGGAUACCCUGGUGCCAAACCCGGCACCGUCUACCCGGGCUCUUUCUACAUGCAAGAAGACCCCUGGUCAUCUGGCUAUUCUGGGAUGUUGGGUAACUCUCCUCACAUCGGACAGCCAGGCUCCUUCCCUGCAAUCAACCCACAGGACAGAAUGAACUACACUCUGCCCGGCAGCGAGGUCAACGGCUUCCACUCGGCCCCCACCACCUACAACCACACGCCCACCAUCAACGGGGAAGGCAUCAUGGCCAGCAGAGGCACAACAGCGAGCAGCUCGGGAGAUGAGAUUGGGAAAGCUCUCGCUUCAAUUUACCCAUCGGACCACAACAGUAAUAAUUUCUCCUCGGCUCCUUCCACUCCCGGAUCUCCCCAGGCCAUCCCAGGAGCUCAGUCCCAGUGGCAAAGACCAACCACACCCAACUACGAAGGGCAACCACACGCACUGCAGAAUAAAAUGGAGGACCACUUGGAAGAGGCCAUCCAUGUGCUGCGUAGUCAUGCUGUGGGCCAGAGCCCAGCAUUAGAAGGCGCUCACUCUGACAUGCACAGCCUGCUGUCCUCGGUGCACAACGGGGGCCUUGGAGGCCUCUCCCCAGCUUUCCCCAAUGCCAGCCUUGCUCUCAGCAACAGACAUCCUGCUUUGCAGGGAGGGAAACAUGAGGAGCCCACAGGACUUCCUCCCAGCAGCACUCUCCUGCACGGCCAUCACGCCACCGGACCCACACCGUCCGUUGGCCAACCAGAAGGCUUCACUAGUCUCCCCGGUGGUUUGGCCCGGUCAGCUCACUCUUCCAGCAGCUCAGACAUCAAAAGAGAAGACAAAGAGGACGAUGAAAACUCAUCCGUUGCAGACAAGUCAGAGGACGAAAAGAAGGACUCCAAGGCAGCGCGUAAUCGAACAAGAAAGGAGGCGUUGACCCUCCAGAUGCUCUCUGGCCUAUCAGACCAGUUAGAUGACAGUCCGGACAACGAGGACGACGAGGACGUCCCCCCCGAGGUGAAGAUGGAGCGGGAGAGGGAACGGCGAGUGGCCAACAACGCCCGGGAGCGUCUCAGGGUGCGGGACAUCAACGAGGCUUUCAAGGAGCUCGGGAGGAUGUGCCAGCUGCACCUCAGCCACGACAAACCUCAGACCAAACUCCUCAUCCUUCAUCAAGCGGUCAACGUCAUCCUCAAUUUAGAACAACAAGUCAGAGAGCGCAACCUCAACCCUAAGGCAGCGUGUUUAAAAAGGCGUGAGGAAGAGAAGGUUUCUGGGGUGGUGGGAGAGGCACCCAUGCAGCUCCCAGGAGGCCACCCAAGCAUGGGAGGAGACGGACACAAUCCAGUUGGCCACAUGUAACUCCAGAUCUGGUGUUUUCCUGGCUGUCAGAGGAUGUGGCCUUAACAGAUUUCUUCCACCCAUUAUUCUCAGUGUGUGUGUGCGUGUGUGUGCGUGUAUAUAUGUGGACAUGUCUGUGUAUUGUCCGUUCAAGUUUCAUAAUGCACAUUCACACAUUCACAUGCAUACAGCCAAAACUGACACAAUCUGUUUUUCGCACUCCCAGCCAUGACUACAAGCUCAAAUGUGAAGAACUUCUUUGUUUAGUUUUUUUUGUUUGUUUGUUUGAAGUUUUGGUUUGUUUUAUACGUGUAAUAUUUUUAUUUUCUUUCUUGGUUUCCAACAUAAUUUGAACACCAGAGUACUUUUUGUCCUUUCAACACUUUGGGACUACACACACUGCCAAGAGGUGCUCUGGUGGAGGAAUAAAAAGGAGACCUAUACAAACACAAAUUAAAUCAAGGAUUUGUGCCUAAUUGUUACAUGUUUUCUAUUUGACAUUAAGGCAAAUUGCUUUACAUGUGAGGAACAUUUGUGAGGGAUUGCUUAUGUGUAUGAGCAGUUAUUAUACAUUUUUUUUUUAUUGUAUGUCAUUCCCAGCGUGAUGGUACAGUCUUACAUAUGUUAUGUAACUCACAGCUGGAGCUGAACUGUCAAAAUUCAGUCACUUUUCCUGGAGCGUGUGGAGAGUAGGCCCCCGUGUUUUGACAUUUCAAAUGCAGCUUACCUGAAAGAUGGGAAGUCCGACCAGACGUGGUCUCAACCCCCCCCCCCCCCCCUCCUCACCCCCCCGAGGCAUCUGGAGGCUUGGACUCAAGAGACUUCUUCCUUGAAAGUUUUUGAAUCAUCCAAGUGAAAGAAUCGGUCAACAAAAACAAACAAACAAAAAAAAAAAACUGUUCUUCCCGCUUUGUUGACCGGGCGUUCUCGCGUUUCUCCAGGAAGGCCUCUUGUCACGCAUUCAGGUUUUUGUCCUGCUUUGUGUUGUGAAGCAUACGCGGACGAGACGGCGCACAGUUGUACCCGAUUCAGGCUCAACCCGCGUCCCGUUUCAGUCCCUGAAAGUCUUGUAUUAAAGCCAUCCAAAUCACCUGUAAGCGACCAGCACCGAUUUUUUUUUUUUUCUUCUUUUUUUGUGCUGCUCCUUCCUCGACAUGGUGUACUGACAGUGCCAGCAGACUCGAGUCUUUCCCCCACCCCCCUUUUAUUCAUGUACUUUAAAGGCAAACAAAUCCAGGAGGGAUUUUUUUUUUCUUUCUUUCUCGCAGACGAGCCUUUUUGUGUAAUUCCUAAACGAGCAUUCCCGCUGAAUUACGAACCCUUCACCUUCCUCCCGACCGUCAGCGUGUUCUCCCCUUUCUUACUGAGAGAAGUGCGACCUGUAAAUUCACUUCAUACAUUAUUCUGUUUCAUUUUUCAAAGGUAAAUAUAUAUAAAAAUAUAUAUUUUUUGUUAGUCUAUACAUUGUAGAUUUUUUACAUAAAUGGCAAUAUUAGUUUGAAGUUUAGAGUGUAUUGUAGAUGAGCUGUAUAAGGGGAUAUUUAACAUUUAAAUGAUUUUUCAAAAUGAAAUUUGAAAUUAAAACUGGGAUGUCGGGGAAAAGGAUCGACAGAUGAUAAAUGAAAGUGUUUGUAAAUCCUUUUUUUUAAUUAUUCCAGUUUUAGUUCAAAGGCACAUGAUUAACUAAGUUGAAUGCCUUCUUUUCCAUUUGGGCAUAUCCGGACAGAGUUGGUGCCACAGUCGUGUGACGAAACAUCAGAAGGGAUUUCUUUUCUUUUUCAUUUUUUUUUUUUUGUUUUUUUUCUUUUCAUGUCUCCAACAGUAAUUAUUAUGCAACUGGUUUUUGAAUGUAGCUACCAUGCUAAAUGUGGAUUUGCCUUCAUUUUCAAAGUGGUUUCUGGAUUUGUUAGCACAUUGUAAUAAAUUUCUUUUCACAAUUUUUUUUUUUUUUUUUUUUUUUUUUAAUGUCUGCCCUUAAACCAAGUAAGGCUCAGUGUCUAAAGGCAGAUGUCUGGAUUUGGGUGUAAGGUAAUGGCUAUUAUUAAGAACAAAACAGUGUUAUUGUGAUGUUAUUCCCAUGUCAUGUUAAUUAUUUCUUUUUUUUUUUUUUUUUUUUUUUUUUUUUUUUUACCAACGUGUAAUCAUAAGUGGGAGGUAGAACAUUUUGUGUGUUUCAUUUCUACAAAAAAGGAAAAAAAUAAGAAAAAAAGACAUAUACAAAUCAAUAGUGUGGCCUUUUCAUUCUCAAGACUUAAGAUGUCACGAUGGGAGAGUGAUGCCUUAUCAGUGCCUGAACUUGUAUUUUUUUUUUUUCCAUUCAAGACAGUUUUAUGUUGUGUACCAUAUCAUUUCAUUUAUCUUGGAGAUUAAAGAGGUACUUGUUCAUUCCCCUCCCCCCCAUCCUCCCUUUUCUCCAAAUGUUUGUUUUUUUUUUUUUUCAAUUUUUGAGGAAGAAGUUUAAAUGGUAUAAAGAGAUUUUUCUUUCAGUGUACCUAGUUAAAUAAAUAAAUGUUAAGCAGAUCUUGUUUAGUUUAUUUCUUUUUCUCUGCUUUCUGUUCAACUGGAUUACACUGUCAAACUGCUGUUUUCAUUAAGGCCACUUGUCCUGAUAAAGGGUCUCCCUGUUAUUACAAAAUUCACAUGACAAGGUUUAAAAAAAAAAGAAACAACUGCAUUUUCCUCUGAGCGAUUAUCAGCGUAGACUUGUUUUGGGUGUGUUGCUUCAAUUACAAUGUAGACAGGGAGUUUUUGUUCCUGCGUUAGCUGAAUAAGAGCAUUUUUAAACUUGUUUUGCAGUGGCUUUCAGUAUGUGUAAACAGUAGUUAUCAUUGUCAGACCUGAACUUAAUUAUUUUAUUUUUUACAUUUUUUUUAUGUUUUAUUUUCAUAGCUUUGACAUUGAGAGAUUUAUCAGAUUGACUUUUACAAAACUGGUAGGUGUACUGGAUAUCUGAGAUUUGUUCAAAGAAACAUGUCUAAAUGUUUAUAUUUGUGUCCAAAUGACAUGCCUAAAUUGUGUAGUCGCACAAAUUUCACUCGUUUCUUCAGAAGCUUGUAAAGUUUUGGCUUCCCUUAACAACAGUGAACACUGAUUUUUCUAUAAAAACAAAACAUUUUCAGGUUUUUAUUGACAUUACUCGGCCGAACUAAAAAGGGAUGCGACCAAUGAGUGUUAAAUACAUUUACAGAGUUUGUAAUUCUGGGUUGAGGACAGUGUUGACUUCUUUCUGACUCGAUCUCUCUUCUAUUUACAUACAAAUAGUUGAGAUUUGUCCUGUAUAUAACAUUAAUGUAGCAAUAAAUGUGCCAUUUUUAACUACAGAUUAUACCUUUUACAAUGUCUGGCUUUUGAAUAUUGUAUACAUUUAAAAAAAAUAAAUAAAAGGAGUCUUUUUAAUAAAAGAA